AUGGCAAAUUACCGUGAUUACCAAAGAAUCAUAAGGCUGUCGGCUCCAGCGUCUGCCGCAAGUAAAACAUGGAAGACCGACUCACAGGUUCCAGUACCACUGUCACCAGAGUCAACUUGUGGCUCUUCUGACCAUCAUCAUACUCAUCAUGCUUACCUCAAUCAUACAAGGGUCAGCUCUAGCCAUAUAGUAAAAGAGAAAAAGAAAAUCACGAGGACGAAAACAGGCUGUUUUUGUUGCAGAAGAAGGAAGAAGAAGUGCGAUGAAAGGAAACCUGCUUGCUCGGGAUGUCUGAGGAACAAUCUUCACUGCGUGUAUCCUACAGAAGAAGAGCUCAAAAAGUCGGCUGCAUUGUUGGCAGCGCCCUCUUCAACCUCUUCGAGAAAGAUCAAGAAAUACACAAAAGUGCAAGACAAAUUUGCAGCUACUGUGCUUUCGGAAAUGAAAUCUGCCAACUUCGCUCAAGAGCCUCCUUCUCCACCACAACCGGGAAUGUGUUCACCACAUUCAAACGACACCACCCCUCACUGCAGCGACGUCGAGUCCCCUAUCACCUCUCCAACUCUGCAACCAUACCAAUAUACCCUUACAUCCUCAAACUCGAAAAUUCCCUUUUUCAGCAUUAACAACCUUGACAGCAAGAGAACAUCCUUGCUCAUUCUUGAUCCGAAGCCUUCUAGACAGAUAUCUGUGAAGAGCUUAUUGAAUUGA